AUGUCGAGCAACCAGGGCUCCAACCGCGAUGGCGCCUCGUCGCUGUCCGGCCUCGUGUCGACCCUCAUUCCUACCUUUCUCAUCUCCAUCGUCGUGGUCUGCGCCUUCCUGGUGCUCCGCAGCAGAUUCGAGCGUGUCUACCACCCACGCAGUUUCUUGGGGACAUUGUACCGCAACGAGCAGUCGCCAUAUCCCAAAAAGAGCAUGUUUGGGUGGACGUCGGAGUACAAACAAUUGACCGACGAGUUCGUGCUGAAGCACUCCUCCCUCGACAACUACCUCUGGCUACGAUACUUCAAGGUCCUCAUCAUCAUCGCCUUCGUCGGUUGCUUGAUCACAUGGCCGAUUCUCUUUCCCAUCAACGCCACCGGCGGUGGAGGACAGGCGGGAUUGAACAUCCUCUCCUUCAGCAAUGUCGCCAAAGCACCGUACUUCUUCGCACACGCCGUCGUCGCCUGCUUGUUCCUGGGCUUCGUCAUGUUCGUCAUCACACGCGAGAGCAUCUUCUACAUCCACCUGCGACAGGCCUACCUCCUCUCCGCAAACAUGUCGAGCCGCAUCUCCUCCAAGACCGUCCUUUUCACCAAUGUUCCCGAGGAAUAUCGCGACGAGAGCAAGCUGCGCAGUGUCUUUCAAGGCGUGCGUCAAGUCUGGCUCGGGUUGGAGGUGGAGGAGCUCGAGGACAGUGUCGAUGACCGCGGCAAGGCUGCGAACAAGUUGGAGACAUCCGAAAUUAAGAUGAUUCAAACGCACCUCAAGGGAUUGAUUAAGAAGGACAAAAAGGCGGCCAAGAAGGCGAAGAAGAACAAGGAGACCACCCCCGAAGAGACCACCACCGAUGUGAUGGAGAUCAACAAGAAGGAUCGGCCGAUGCACCGCCUUCCCAAGUUGAAGUUUCUCCCUAUCGGCAAGAAGGUGGACAGCAUCGACUGGUCUCGCGGAGAGCUUUCGCGCCUUGUUCCUGAGACAGCACGUCUUCAGAACGAUGCCACUUCGGGCAAGUUCAACAAGGCAGCAGCCUGCUUCAUCGAGUUCGAGUCCGUCACCGCCGCUCAGCGUUCCAUGUCGCAGGCUCCCAAGGGUGUUCACGUCGCUGAGAUGGCCGUUGCACCCGAUCAAAUCAUCUGGAAGAACAUCGGCAAGUCGAGUUCCAGCCGCAGAACGAAGAAGAUCAUUUUCACCGCCGUCGUCUGGUGGCUCUGUAUCUUCUGGUCCAUCCCCGUCGCGGUCAUUGGAGCCAUUUCCAACAUUCAGUCUCUCACUGAAAAGGUGCCUUUCCUCGGCUUCAUCAACUCGAUCCCGUCCGUCAUUCUCGGCGUGAUCACUGGCUUGCUUCCGGUCAUCCUGCUUGCGGUAUUGAUGGCCUUGGUCCCGAUCUUCUGCAACAUUUUCGCCCGAACCUUUGAGGUCACCCAAGGAGCGGCCCAACUCAGAGUCCAGAACUGGUACUUUGCCUUCCAGGUCAUCCAGGUCUUCCUCAUCACGACAUUUGCCUCCGGUGCCGCGGCCGUGGCGCAGAAAAUCAUAAACGACCCAUCCCAGGCGCCUGGCUUGUUGGCCAACAAUCUUCCCAAGGCGAGCAACUUUUACAUCAGCUACUUCAUCCUGUUUGGCUUGCUUUCGGCGGCCCUGACACUGCUCAACAUCGCUCCGUUGUUGAUCCUCAACAUCCUCAGCAAGAUCUUGGACAAGACUCCUCGCAAGCUGUACAACCGCUACAUUACCCUGAGCGGUCUUGGCUGGGGUUCUCUGUUUCCGAAGUUCACCAACUUGGGCGUCAUCGCUUUGGCCUACUCUUGCAUUGCGCCGCUCGUACUGGGCUUUGCCACAGUCGGCUUCACUCUGUUGUACCUCGCCUUCCGCUACAGUGCUUUAUUCACCCUCGGAACCACCAUCGACACCAAGGGUGCCUGCUUCGCCCGAGCGCUCCGUCAAUUGGUCGUCGGCAUCUAUCUGUCCGAGAUCUGUCUGAUCGGUCUCUUCGGUAUCAACACAGGAACAGACCUCAUCUCGAUCGGUCCGCUGGUCAUCACCAUCAUCCUCCUCGUCCUUACCAUCGUCUGGCAAGUCCUGCUCAAGCGCAAGAUGAAGAAGCUCAUGGAGGAGCUCGCCAUGCGCGACGCACCUUCCAACCUGAACCUCGAGAAGGGCGAGAACGGAGUCGACGGCCACAACGGCCAGCAAACCCACCUUGGUAAGGACGGCUACGGCAACCCCGACACCACCGCGCCUCUCGACGGACAACAAGCUCACAUCGGCAAAGACGGCUACGAUCACUCCUCCCACGACACUGCCGUGCCUCAAAUCACCCCGAACAACGCCCCGCCCAAACCCACCGGCAUGGUCGGCCGCGUCAAAGCCUUCUUCAUGCCGGGCAAGUACGCCACCUCCGACGCACUGUCGGCCUACGUCAUCGGCGACCAUCUCUCCACUCCCGUCCGACCUUACACCAACACCGAGCGCCAAGAAGCCUACCUUCACCCGGCGGUCAGCGAGCCCGUGCCUGUCAUCUGGUUGGCAAAGGACAAGCUGGGACUGUCGCAGAGGGCCGUGCAAGGAAUCCAUAAGGACGUCGGCGAGGGACUGGAGGCCACGGAUGAGCAGGCCUGGUUCGAUGAAAAGGCCAAGGUGUGCUGGGAGAACUCAGACCCCACUGCAGCCCCGAUUUACGAGCAGCGUGUCGAGUAUUAGAGUGAAUCAAAAACGCUUUGGAAGUGGGAAGGUAUGGAACGAUGAAGGAGCAGCGUUUUUUACUUUUGGUCAUGGUUUGCUGUUUUUAAUGUUUUAGUGUUCUCGAACGAUACUUGAUACCACCACGGCAGUUUUAGAGAGAGAGAAAUGCAAUCAGUGCAAAG